AUGAAGCUAUGCAGGGUAGCUUCACCGCGAACCGGAUUUUUGGUGACAAAUGCCAUCAACCAAGCACUUUUUGACGCAGAAAUGGAGAUGUAUGAACACUAUAAUGCACCAACUAGGAAUGCGUACAGUAAUAUGCCACUUUCUACCACAAAUAUGGCAAGUUCUGUUUCCCCCAUGACGUACUACUCAUCAAUUGGCAUCGCGGUGAGCCAAACUCAUCCAGUGCAUUCGUCUGCAAGUUCCCAAUCGUCGUCACCUGCAUAUUCCCAAACUUCAUCUAUUUUCUCUGAAUGCUUUAUGAGUAACUACCCACAACAGAGCUUUGAAGAACACUCCUGCCAUGACGAUGAUCCGACACACUGA